AAUAAUUUAUGUUUGUUAGACAUAUUGAACAGUUAGACAACAAUUUGGGCAAAGUUUUAUAUUGAAAAUGAGGAAGCAAUAAAUAAAUAAAAAUUUCAAAACAACUGGACUUUUAUAAGUUGGAAAAAAACGCUCAUUUCUUCCCAAACUCGCGUUUCCAAAUUCCAAUUGCCUUUCAUUGUUUUUCAGUAGAUAACGAGAAGCUUUUCCAUUGUUUGGAGAGAGAGAGAGAGCGGUUGAGGUUGAUGAUGCCUUGGGGUUUGGAUCUAUUCGACCCGAGGACCGCCGCAAUGGAGUCGGACUCAAGCUCGUCUCCGACCGGCGGCCGUGACCCGGACUUCGGGUUCGCCUUCAACGACAGCAAUUUCUCCGAUCGGCUCCUCCAAAUAGAGAUUGUCGCCGAUCCGCCCGACGGCCAAUCGGAACCGGAGGGCAGCCGGACCCUGGCUGAUUGGGCGGCGAGAAAGAGCAAACGACAACUUGAUGAGAAAAAGGGGAAUGACACGUGCCCCUCGUUUGCAGCAUUGGAUAUCAACAAUUGUCCUGAGGAGCAGAUCUUAGAUUCUCAGCAGCCAGAUGUCGAUGAUGGCAAUGACGGCAUUUGUGAUGAGAAUCACGAUGAAGAAGAGAUUCCCAUGAUAGAAGAUUCACCACCAGUAGACGAAUUUGCAAACAGUGAUGACACCACUUGUUAUGAAGACUGUGCAACAGUUUUAAGAGUUAAAACAUUGCAUAUUAGUUCUCCCAUCUUAGCAGCAAAGAGUCCCUUUUUUUAUAAGUUAUUCUCAAACGGUAUGAUGGAAUCAGAUCAGAGACAUGUAACUCUGAGAAUUAGUGCCUCGGAGGAAAAUGCUCUUAUGGAGCUCCUGAAUUUCAUGUAUAGCAAUACCUUGGCUGCCAAUACAACUACUGCUCUACUCGAUGUGCUCAUGGCUGCCGACAAAUUCGAGGUGGCUUCUUGCAUGAGAUAUUGCAGCCGCCGCCUAAGAAAUCUGCCUAUGACUCCCGAAUCUGCUUUACUCUAUCUGGAACUCCCGUCGAGCGUACUCAUGGCUGAUGCGGUUCAACCGUUGACCGAUGCAGCCAAACAGUUCCUAGCUGCUCGUUAUAAAGACGUGUCAAAGUACCAAGAUGAAAUAAUGAAACUCCCCCUUGCCGGAAUCGAAGCCAUCCUUGCCAGCAACGAUCUCCAGGUAGCCUCCGAGGAUGCCGUUUACGACCUCGCCCUCAAGUGGGCCCGCACCCACCACGCGGACCCCGACGAGCGCCGCACAAUCCUGUCCUCGCGCGUGGGCCCACACAUCCGAUUCCCCCACAUGACUUGCCGCAAGCUGAAAAAAGUCCUCGCCUGCCCCGACCUCGACCGUGACUACGCCACGCGUGUCGUCCUCGAAGCCCUCUUCUUCAAAUCCGAGCCCCCUCACCGGCAACGGGCCCUCGCCCUCCUCCCAGAACGGGCCUACAAGUACCGGCCCGUCAAGGUGGUCGAGCUCGACUCGCCACGUCAGCAGUGCGUGGUGUACCUGGACCUGACGCGUGGGGAGUGCGCUAGCCUGUUUCCCUCCGGGAGGGUUUAUUCGCAGGCGUUCCACUUGGGCGGGCAGGGGUUUUUUCUGUCCGCGCACUGCAACAUGGACCAGCAGGGCUCGUACCACUGUUUCGGGCUGUUUCUUGGGAUGCAAGAAAAAGGGUCCGUCACCUUCGCGGUCGAUUAUGAGUUUGCCGCCCGCUCGAGGCCCACGGAGGAUUAUGUGAGCAAGUACAAAGGGAAUUACACGUUUACGGGUGGUAAGGCUGUUGGGUACCGGAAUUUGUUUAGUGUGCCGUGGACUUCGUUCAUGGCGGAUGACAGUUUGUAUUUUAUUGGUGGGGUGCUGCAUUUGCGGGCCGAGCUUACCAUCAGGCACUGAUUUGUGUUUUUGAGUUGUUUUUUUGGUUUUCUUUUUGUGUAUUUUGGGGUUUUUAGCCGAUUUGUGGGAGUGUGACGUGCUGUAGAUAGUUGUACUUUUGGGAGAUGUGUUGUGAUUCGUGCGUGGACGUGAUUUUUGUUAACCCACUGUGCAAUUUGCAGCUGUAUGUACUGUCAAGAUGAAUUUCUGUUUAUGUCGGUACUGAAUACUGAUACAUAAAAAGUUGUAAGAAAAAAUUUUCAGAGAUUUACCAACAUUUACUCGUUGCUCCAUGUUAUUUUAUGAAAGAAUAUUACAAAAAACAGGAGAUUUGGAGAAGCAAAAUGUCCGUAUGUUUUCUUCCUUUUAG